AUAUUUAUCACAGCAACGGAAAGGAGAGGCUGUGGAGACACUUCUUGUUCUGUCUGGCCUGAAGAAAUCCUCUGCUUCACCUUCAGUUGACCCGGGAGUCAAAUUUGGCAUAGAUGAUGAAGGCGGAGUUAAAGUUACUAAUCUUGAAGAGAUUGCUGAUGAUAAUGUCUUAGAAAAUGAUGACAGACUAUCGAAGUCCCUCAUAACGAUUCUUGAGACUUUGAAAAACAGUGCAGUUAUUUUGGAGUUUUAUGAAAGGCUUGCCGAGUGUAUCAAUUUCACGGUAUUGAAUGAGAAAAUACAAUCCCCGACGUUCUUGCUGACAGAUGAGGAUGUAAGAAAGGAGCAGUUUGAGGGGAUGAGGAGGGUGAGUCUCGGGACAAACCUCUUGAGUCUCCUGGCAGACAGUGAUGCACUCACAAGUGACCUCUUCCAAGACCUGUCUGCAGCUGUGCCCUUUGUUGAUAGGCUUAUCAAAGCUGGAUGCCAGGAAUGCAAUGACGAGCACUUACGGAAAACUCAGGCCACUCUUGUAAUGAAUAUUGUUGUGCUCAUUUCGUGUUACGUCAGUGAACGGACACUCAGGAAGAAGAUGUCAAGUGAAGACUGGAAAGGGUUAAAGAAUCUUGUUCCCUCCUUAGAUGAAGUAGUUGAAAAUAUACAGGACGAGACAGUGCUCCUUUAUAUUGAGCAGCUUCGUAACCUUCUUCUCACGCAUGGGGCUGUGCAAAAAUUGCCAGGAGAUAGCCAAUCUGGUGCAAAACAAGAGAAACAGGAGCAUGUUAGUAACAAGAACAGGAGAAAUAAUAAACAAGGGAAACGGGAAGUAGAGGAGGAGGAAAAAGAUAACAAAAUAAAACAAGAACUGAACAGAAAUGAUGGAAAACUACCAAAUGAAGUUGAAGAUAAGAAGUCCCACGAAAAGGAGUCCCAAGAAAUAAAAAGUACAUACAAGGAAGCCAUGGAUGAUCUGUUUAGCCCUCUGCUGCCUGUGCGUGGCCACUCCCUCCUCGCUCUGGGGAAGCUGAUUGAGCAGAGAGAUCCAGAAACCUUACAGCACAAAGACAAGCUUCUAACAAUUUUUCAGCAUAAUUUGAAGGAUGAGGAUUCUUAUAUCUACCUAAUGGCAGUCCAGGGUUUGUCUGUCUUGUGUGAUGCUUAUCCAGAUAAGAUCGUAGGCAUUUUGACCUCUGAGUUCAGUGUUGGGGAGCGUACAGUUGAGGACAGAGCCAAGUUAGCUGAGGCAAUGACAAGGGCAUCAAGGCGUCUGGGGCCUCUUCUGCCACACUACAAGGAACAAUUCAUUAAUGCUUUGCUAGCAGGAGUUCGAGACAGAGAGCCACUCGUGCGGGCAGCAAGCCUCUCUAGCCUGGGGGAGGUCAUCAAAUUGCUCCGUUUCAGCUUAGGGCCCAUUGUUCAUGAGGUAUUCCAGCUUUUGCACACCAUCAUCUCUCAUGAUAAAGAGGCAGAGGUGCGAAGGGCGGCUGUACUGGUCGUAACACUGCUCCUGCAGGGGCUUGGCCAGGAUGCAUUCUCAGUGCUGAAGGAUGUAAUACGGGAUUUAUAUCGAGCCCUGCGACUAGUAUAUACUACAGAUCCAGACGAUGUUGUUAGACUCCAUGCACAGUUAGCAAUGGAAGAAAUUGACACCAUAACAAGGGCUUUCCUUCUGCCGAAACUCAGUCUCUCCAAGAAAAUUUAUGUGACAGAAAUGCCACCAAAUCCAUUCUAGAAUUUACUUGAUUUUUUCUGUAAAAAAAAUAAAUACUAUAUUUCU